AUGUCUGUUGGGCAUCUUAUUUGGGUCAUAUCUAUAUUAUGUUUUCCAUUCGUUGAAUCUCUAUUUCGUGAUAUAACCACAUUGUCAAAUAAUCCUCUUAAUUCUGAUCUAUGCUCUGAUAUUUACGUCGAUAAUGUCACAUUCGGCAUUAUUCAUAGUUUAAAAUAUUACGAAGGUCAACUUCAUCCAUCGAAUAUAUCAUGCUCGUGGACAAUCAUUAAUAAACAACUUCAAUCCGCCUCUUCGUAUUUUAUUCUUUCUCUUCGGUCAGUUGAAUAUGAUGAACGUUUAACAUCAUCAACAAACUCGAAAUAUUUUCUUGAAUUAAAUUUAUCAUCUCCAACUAAAUUAUAUCGUUUUGAUGAGAUAAUCACUUCAAAAACACUCUAUAUACCAUCAUCACGACUCACAAUCAAUUAUAUUUCACGUUACAACAAUCUACAACAGUACAAUUCUCACAUUCGAACAGAUCCAAAUGUAAAACGUUUUUUGAUCGAAUUUAUAUCUGUAUCAAAUUCAAGUUCGAUAGAUAAUGAUUAUUUUAAAUGCAGAAAUUUGAAAUAUAUCGCUAAAAAUUGGCAGUGUAAUUGCAUUGAUGAAUGUGAAGAUGGAUCGGAUGAAGAAAAUUGUUCGCUCAAACAAUGUAAUGAACAACCACCAAUUAGUCCAACCCAAACGUGUAGAUAUGAUGAAUAUUGGUGUUUACCACAACAAUCAAAAUUCCGAACAUUUUCUGAUUAUCCACUUAUCGGAACAAAAGGCAUAUCAUGGCCAAAUUUUGAACAAGAAUCAGAAGGCGAGAGUGCCAAUGAUUAUUGGAUUAAGAAUGAUAAAAUUGAUCUAGAAGGUGUCUGUGUCCCUGAUGUUUCUUUACCUUGUCCAUCUCAGCUGUCGAGCGAGUGUGCAUAUUCAAAAUCAAUCUCCACUCGUUAUCAAUGUUCAUAUUCAACCGAAUCUGGUUGUUUAACAUUCGUCUACAGAAAUAAUCACGGCUCAAUACAUAUUGAUUCACUUACAUUAGAAAAUUUUCUUAUGGAUAAAAAAUAUAAUUCUCUUUGUUACAUAGUCGUGGCCCAAUUACAGCAUAAACUAAAAUUACAUUUGAAUACUAGUGGUUUGUUCAACCCACUUGAAAAUAAAUUACUACCUAUUUUUGAACUGAAUGUUUAUGAUGGUAGUGAACAACAGCAAAUUCUUCUCCACACGUAUCUGUCGCAUUAUCAGUAUUAUCAAGAACGAAAAGUGAUCGAAAUUCAAACAAGAAUUAGUCAUAUAGCUACUAUUGUCAUUAGGAGAAAAGAUUACCAACAACAACAAGAAUCUUUGAAAGGGUCAGUUCAAAAACAACAACUACCAUUAACAGUGACAAGAGCAUAUCAUGAUGAAGAUGUGGUGGGUUAUAUUGGUAGAACCAAUAAAUAUAAACACACAGCGGUGACUGAUCACAGUAUAAACACAGCCACAGAAAAUCGAUAUCAGCAGUCAAUUGGUGGCAAAAAUUCAAUUUUAGUCGAUAUUAUGUAUGUACAACAAUUAUGUCCGGAUGAAAAAAUACCAUGUGGACGUUAUGAAACAAAAUGUUAUUCGAAAUAUGAGCGAUGUGAUGGGAAGUGGGAUUGUAUAUCUGGUGAUGAUGAAUUAGGCUGUUCGUCUGAUCAUUGUCCAACGACUUUUGCUUGUGGCGUUUAUCAACAACCUCAUGGAUCACUCGAAAUACAAUCAGCUUUGGAGAUCUUGAAUGAUAACGCGAACAUGUUAGGAAAUACAGUGAAUAAAAUUGUAGAUAUACCAUUUUCAUCCUCACAAACUCAACAAGCACAAUUUCCCCCAUCCCAGCGUUGUUAUACAUGGUCGGAACGUUGUAAUGGCAAUGCCUUUUGUCUUGAUAAAUCUGAUGAAAAAAUGUGUACAAAAUGGUUUUGUAAUUCAAAAAAUGGCACAUUUCUAUGUCAAAAUUUUAAAUGCAUAUAUGAAUCGUGGCUAUGCGACGGUGCUGAUGAUUGUGGUGAUAAUUCAGAUGAAAGCGAUUGUGCAACACGUUUACCGAGGCGAAUUGUAACAGCAGCCGUUGUUGGAUCAACUGUUUGUUGUACAUUGUUUAUUAUUGCACUUGGGUGCACAUGUAAACUAUAUCAUUUGAGAACAGCUGAAAGACGGGCUGCAACGCGGCUAUUGAAUCCUCAACGAUACAGUGAACGACAUCGACAACGACAUCAACCUACAACAUCAACAACAACUGGAACGGACACUGGAAAUACAAACAAUAGUACAGAUGCACGUCGACUAGCACCGCCGUCUUAUAAUCAAACAAUGGGUCUUGUCGAUGACAAUGAAGAACGUCAAAUUGCAUUAGCUGAACAUUUGAGAUUAGCCGGUUUAACAAAUUUCAUUUCGUUACCAUCUAUCACAUCUACACAUUCAUCACGGACUUCACGCUCAACUUCUCGCUCGCGCCACAGACGUCAUCGGCGACAUCGUCAUCGACGUCAUUACUCAUUAGGUGAAUCAUUGUCUCGCGUCGCUCUUCUAGAACCAAAUAAUGCUCCAGCCUUAUCUAAUAACACAAAUGAUAAUAUCAUUCCAAAUGUUUCAUUUAUUCAAACGUCUUUGACACCUUUUCAACGGUUACGUUCUCAUUUGUCUCAUGGGUUGUCAUUAUUAAGACCAUCAGUAGCAAUUUCUCCAACCUCCCAACAACAACAACAACAACAACUACAACAACAACAACAAUCGUCAAGUCAAUCAGCAGUAGCUGAUUUUGAUAUUUAUGAACGAUUACCAAGUAUCUGUUUUAAUAAUGAAGACUUACGACCUUUAACAGCAAUCGUACCAUCUCCACCAUCGUCAUUAGUAACAACAGAACGUCCAGAUUAUUUGACAUCUGAUUUUAUUCAAGCACCACCUAAUCGCGAACUACCUCCUCCUUACACUCUUCUAACCGUCGCUGAACAGCAACUAUGUCAGAAUUCGAAUAGUAGACGAAGUAGUAACAGCAGUACUAGUACCUCAGCAACAACAAAUCAAGAACAAGGACGACCAAUUAUAUUAUUUCGUAAAAGAAAUUCGACGUUACAAAAUCGUCUAAGACAACUUGUGAGAAAUAUUGGUGGUGGCGGUAGGCCACAACAACAAAAUGAAAACACACUGUGUCAAAUGCAUCCACAACAGCCCAGUGCUACGACACAAACUGAGCUAGGUGAAAUUGAUUCUCAUCAUAGUGAUGAUGAUAAAUUGUUAACACCAUAG